AUGCCAUUACCACUGUAUAUCCACCCUUGUGUCCUCAAAUCCAGGUUCCCCCUCCACCCUCCACCCCCGGAUUUGCCUCUCAGAAUUCGGAUACAAGGGCCACUUGUGGCGAUUCAAAGACUACUGCCUAACGCUCCAUGGAGCAAGAUUGGAGAUUUUCCCCAGCGCGGUGGGGUUGAGCUUGCAAAACUCGCCCAUGAAGCUCUGUACAACCCGUCCGACAACGACAAAGGACAGCAGGAGAUCAGAGUACGUGAUGAAUACCUGGCCUGGGUGUUGGAAAACCGGCGGCCUUUGGAUCAUAUUGACUAUUACGGGGUCACCUUCGACCACCUCGUCCCAUGCGACGACCCCGACCCAGAGGUACUGGUCAUCAACAUUAUUGAGCUGGAAGUCGAAGUGGGCGAUUACGCUGGCGGGCAAGAAUUCGCGAGUAAAGUACUCCUAUUCCCCGUCCAAAAGAUGGACUAUGCUGGUAAAAAAGUGUUGGCCGUGCCAAGAUGUUGUCAGAUCAAGAAGGGCACAACCGAUCGCAAGCUCAUAAAUGGGUUGGUCAAGGAGAGGGACGACGCCUUGCUCGAGGCACAGACACUGUCGACUUUCGCACAUCUUGAUGCUACGGCCAGUCACUAUAGCAGCUAUCAGUGA